AUGGACAAUUUAUCAGAUGAUUUAUUGAUUGAGAUAUGGUGUCGUGUUCCAUUCAAAACAGCAUUGAGAUGCAAAUCCAUCUCAAAACGCUUCUUAGCAUUAAUCUCACAACUUCAAUUCAUUGAACGAUUUAUUUUUCACCAAUUGUUACACCAUACAACAGCUGUAGAGGAAUCAGAUACUGACCUCCAACACAAAUGGCACUUCAAUUUUAUCUCAAACCGAAAACUUCUCAUUUCCUUCUUCCCCAAUCAUCAUCCUUCUAAUCCACAAAACCAAAUAUCCUUGAAUUUUCUCGGCCGAAAAUUCGACCCGAAACUCGACCAAGUAGCAAGAAAAAAACAUGUCUUAUAUUCUAGAAUUGUUGGAUUUUCCAAUGGCUUGUUUCUUUGCAAGAAAACCACAUGUGGUAGAGUUUAUCACGUAUGCAACCCCAUCACAAAACAUUGGAUCAAACUCCCUCUUCCUCCUCCUCCGCGGACCGGUCACAAUAAACGUGACCGUGUCCUCGAAGGUUUUGUUUGUGAACCUUAUUAUAAGGUCGAACAAAACACACACAAAAUCACUUUUAAUCAACAUAGGUUCAGGGUAGUUCGUUUUCCUUGUUUUGAAGGAACAUUGAACCAGAUUCUUCGGGGUAUAACAAAGUUUGACUUUGAAAUGUUUGUUUUCUCAUCAGAAACAGGACAAUGGAACAAAAAAAACGUGUCUUGUUCAAAUGGUUUUACACAGUGUACCCUUUUGUUGAAUGUAGUUGCACAUGAAGGAUUUUUGUAUUUCAUGGGAAGAACUAGUGUUCUAGUUUAUGACCCUUUUAACAAUGAUGAAAAAUGUGAUAUAAUUAAUUUUCCUAUUGGUGCUUCUUCAGGUGACAUUCUUUUUAAUGGUCAUGUUGGGGUGUGUUGUGGAAAAAUUCGAAUGGCUUGUUUUUGUACUAUUCAAAUGUGUGUGAAAGUGUGGGAAUUGGAAAAGAAUGAAGAAGAGUAUAGUUGGUGUUUGUUGCACGUGACUUGUUUUCCUCUACCACACGCGAGGGAUUGUGUUGUAGAUGAGUUAAUGGAUGGGAGAAGGGGUGAAAUUGUUGAUAUGGGAAUGCAAGUGAGAGCUUUUCAUCCUUAUGAUGGUGAUGUUGUGUUCUUCCAACGUGCUCAUAGAAUUUUUCUUGGAAACUUGAAGAGUAACAAGUUUGAUGGUGUUGGUUAUGGGAUUCAUGGGUUUCAAUCGUUGCAAAUUGUUUCGCUUGAUCUUCCAUUGUGGCCUACUCCAAUUCCAUCUGUAACAUAA